GUCAUCAUCAUAUUUCAAAAUUUGAGCUUUUUUUCAUUUAGCUCAUUUUCAGUGGUAAGAAGAAAACGAAAACAGAAAAAUUUUUGAUCAUUUUUCUUCUUCUUUUUGUUUUUUAAUCCACCCUGGAUCAAAUUUUAGAUUUUAUUCAAUAAACAACAAUAACAACACCGACGACGACGAAGACAAUAACAAAUAAAAUUUGAUCACCAUCAUUAUAAUCAUAAUCAAUAACAAUAAAUUUGAAACAUUAAGAAUUUCCCCCUACUAUUGAUAUAUAAUUUUUAUUUUCGGUGAUUAAUCGUUUGAUGAACAGUGAUGCGUAUUCGUCGCGAGGAGGCACAUCGAGCGUUGGAGCUCCUCGAAGAUUAUCAUCGCCGUUUACAGCAACAACAACAAAAUUCAUCACCAUUAUCAUCGACAACUACAACAACAAUACAACAACAAGAAGAACUUCGUCAAGCAAUUGAACGUAUUAUAAAAAUAUUUCGUUCGAAAUUAUUUCAAGCAUUAUUAGAUAUACAAGAAUUUUAUGAAGUAACAUUACAAGACGAUCAUAAAGCAAUUGAAACAAAAACACGUGAAACAUUAAGAGAUUGGCAAUAUAAAGAACAACAACAACAACAACAACAGCAGCAGCAGCAGAAACGAUCAAACACAUUGUCAUCAUCAGCAUCAACAUCAGCAUAUGAUACAAGUUCAUUGACAACAACGGAUUUAACAUCAAAUUCAUAUACAUUAUCAACAAAUCAUAUACAUCAUCCAACACGAAUAAAUAACAUAAUAUCGACAAACGGUGGUUAUAAUAAUAAUAAUAAUAAUCGCCAUCAUCAACAGUAUUCAAAUUCAAAAACAAAUAAUAAUCAUAAUAAUGAUAAUGUUGAUGAUGAUUAUGUAAAUAAUCAUAAUAAUAAUAAUGAUGAUGAUGAUGAUGAUGAUGUAAAUAAUCAGCCAAUAUUAGCAUCUGAUGUACAAGAUUUAUUAUCUGGCCGUUUAAAUGAAAUACUUGGUGCCGUAUUGAAACAUCAACAACAAAAAGAACAGGAUCAACAACAAUUGAAUCGACGAAAAGAACAACAUCAUCAUCAAACAUUAUCAUCAUUGAAUCCAUUGGAACGAAUAGAUAAUUUAACAUCAUCAACAGCCAGACCAGUAAUAGUAUCAACGACCAAUACAAAUCAAUCGAUAAAAAAUCAUUCCCAAUUAUUAGAUAAUAAUAAUCGAAUCAAUUCAAAUAUAGAACCAUAUCAUCAACAACAACAACAACAACAAUCUCGUGUUAUAAAUAAUAAUAAUACACAACAUUCAAUCAUUACAAACGGAAUAAAUACUAAUAAUCGUGAAAUUGUUCAAGUUGAACAGGUACAUCUUGAAGACAACGACGACGACGACGACGACAACGAAGAAGAACAAGAACAACAAAAUACAAUCGUAUAUAACGGAUUGAAUAAUAAUAACGAACAACGUUAUCAUCAUAAUAUUGAAAAUUCAAUAAUGACUACAGGAGCAGAAGGUGCAUGGGAAUUUGAAGAGAUUAUAUUGGAACGUGGUAAUCAAGGUCUUGGAUUUUCAAUCGCUGGUGGUAUCGAUAAUCCACAUAUUGCUGAUGAUUGUUCUAUAUAUAUAACUAAAUUGAUACCAGGUGGUUCGGCAGCCGCCGAUGGCCGAUUACAGAUUGAAGAUAUUAUUUUAAAGGUAAACGAAACAUCAUUGAUUGAUGUAGCACAUAAAAUUGCCGUUAAUGCAUUACAACAUGCUGGAAAUCGUGUACAUUUAUUGGUUAAACGUCGUCGUAACCAUAUGCCAAAAGCAACAACAACAACACCAAUAACAUUACAUCAAUCACAAUCACAAUUUCAACAGCUACAACAACAACAACAACAACAAUCAAUGAUACCACCUUCAGCAUCAGCACCGGCAAAUAUUCAAAAUCAAUCCAUUAUGGCAUCAUCAUCAUUAUCAUCAUUAACAAUGUCCGAUUUAGUUCGUAUUGAAUUAUUUAAAGCAACAUCCAAAGGAUUAGGUUUUUCAAUUGCCGGUGGUGUUGGUAAUGAACAUCUGCCUGGAGAUAAUAAUAUUUAUGUGACGAAAAUUAUGGAUAAAGGUGCAGCUGCAUUAGAUGGCCGUUUAGAAUGUGGUGAUCGUUUAGUAGCUGUAAAUGAUAUUUUAUUGGAAAAUGUUACACAUGAAGAUGCUGUAGCCGUAUUGAAAUCCACUUCUGAUCAUGUGAUAUUAACAGUACGUAAACCACAACAACAAUCAUCAACAUAUUCAAUGAAUCAAAUGGGUAAUAACAACAAUUCAAUAACAGUAGCGGUAACAGCGACAACAACAACAACAACAACAGCAAAAACAACAAAUGGUUCUACACGACCACCACCUACAUCAUUAUCAUCGACCAAUUUUUCAUCAAAUGUUAAUAAUAAUAAUAAUCAUACAUUUAAUAAUCAACGUAUGAUAAUGCCUACAAGAAAUUCAAUUCAUUCAUUAUCAUCAUCAUCAGCAGUAGCAGCAGCAGCAACAACAACAACUACAAAUACCGGACAGAUAAAUCCAGUGCAAUCAUUUAGAAGUGAAGAUAAUCUUUAUAAUAAUAAUAAUAAUAAUCAAAGACGUACACGAACAGCAAGUGGUUCAACAAAUCUAACUAAUACAAACGCUGCUGCUACUAUAUUGGCGGAAGAUUCGGAUGAAUUAGAUCGAACAGAUAUUGAUCGUGAACCACGUCGUUUAAUACUUUCAAAAGGACAAUCAACUGGACUUGGUUUCAAUAUUGUUGGUGGUGAAGAUGGUCAAGGAAUAUUUGUUUCAUUUAUACUGGCUGGUGGACCAGCUGAUUCAAGUGGACAAUUAUAUCGUGGUGAUCAAAUAUUGGCUGUUAAUGGUAUGGAUUUAAGACGUGCUACACAUGAAGAAGCUGCAGCUGCAUUAAAAGGUGCUGGUCAAACGGUUAAUCUUUUAGUUGCUUAUCGACCAGAAGAAUAUCGACGAUUCGAAGCUCGUAUUCAAGAUCUUAGAGAACAACAUUUACAAGCAACAAGUUCAUUACCAUUAUCAGGUGUUUCAACCGGUACGUUACGUACAUCACAAAAACGUACCCUUUAUGUACGAGCUUUAUUCGAUUAUGAACCUAUACGUGAUUCUGGUCUACCAUCACGUGGCCUUCCAUUCCGAUUUGGUGAUAUAUUGCAUGUAACGAAUGCUUCCGAUGAUGAAUGGUGGCAAGCACGUCGUGUAUUACUUGAUGGUACUGAUGAUAUUCUACUUGGUAUUAUACCAUCAAAACGACGUGUUGAAAGACGUGAACGUGCACGAUUAAAAUCUGUAAAAUUUCAUGGUUCCGAUCAUUAUUCAGAUGGCCGUUCAUCAUCAUCAACAUUGGAUAGAAAGAAAAAGAAUUUUUCAUUUUCAAGAAAAUUUCCAUUUAUGAAAUCAAGAGAAUCUUCAACAGAAGAUAUUUCUGGUAGUUAUGAUCAUCUUAGUGAACAAGGUGGUGAUGAACAUUUAUCAAUGACAAGACAUAGUUAUAAUCAUCAUGAUCGUAGUUCAAUAUCUGGUUCAAAUUCAGCAUUAGAAGAUAUACGUGAAGAUCGUCAACAACAACAACAACAAUCGGAUAAUAAUAACCAUAUAUUAAGCUAUGAAGCUGUUAUACAGACUGAAAUUGAUUAUAUGCGUCCAGUUAUUAUACUUGGACCAUUAAAAGAACGUAUAAAUGAUGAUCUUAUAUCAGAAUAUCCGGAUCGUUUUGGUUCCUGUGUACCACAUACAACACGGCCACCAAAAGAAGGUGAAAUACAUGGACGUGAUUAUUAUUUUGUUACAACACGUGAAGAAAUGGAACGAGAUAUUGAAUCACAUUUAUUUAUUGAAGCUGGACAAUAUCGUGAUAAUCUUUAUGGAACAAAAAUUUCCGCUGUACGUGAAUUAUCAUAUGAUCAACAGAAACAUUGUAUAUUGGAUGUUAGUGCAGCAGCUAUACGACGAUUACAAGCAGCAAAUUUAAUGCCAAUUACAAUAUUAAUACGGCCACGUUCAAUUGAAUUAUUAAAAGAAUGGGAUAAACGUAUAACGGAUGAUGAAUGUCGGCGACAAUAUGAACGUUCUAUUCGUACUGAACAAGAAUAUGGUCAAUAUUUUUUGGCAAUCAUUUCAUGUGAUACACCGGAAGAAAUUUAUGCUAAAGUUAAAUUAGUAAUACAUGAUAAUUCUGGCCCAUAUAUUUGGAUAUCGGCAAAAAAUCAGAAAAUCUAAAAUCAAACAAUCUAACCAAUUAUUUGAUGAUUACAUCAACAACAACAACAACAACAA